AUGCAAUCUAUGCAGAGGCAGUUUGGCAAGCUCAUGAGUAAGAGCCCCGGCGACAAUGCCAAAGUCGCCGCUGUCUUACACGACUACGAGGAUGCAGAGAGACUGCUGGGCAAGAUCAUCGAGAAUACAAAGACUCUCCGUGAUGCUUGGAUAGCCAUGGCUACUAGCCAGUGGGCUAUCGUCAAGGAGUACGAGGGUCUGUACGACCCAAUUGUUGGAGCUUCCGAGGGGCACGCCCGCUCUGGCACCGUGACGCCCCAACUACAGCUUGAUCGCACCUUCAAGCUCAGUGGAGCCUAUUCUGACCUCAAGGACGAGCUCAUCGGAGAAGUGACAGCCAUUGAUUCGCAGGUCAUUCGCCCAGCCACCGAAGCUCGCGAUUACAUACAGCCCCUUCGCAAAACCAUCAAAAAGCGCGAGAACAAACGGCUGGAUUACGAAAAGGCCCAGGACAAGGUCAAGAAACUCCAGAAAAAGACAGGAAGGACGCCCAAAGAAGAGGCUCAGCUAUCAAAGGUCGAAUUUGAAAUGUCUUGCGCUUCCGAGGAGUUCGAGGCUGCAGACGCUCAUCUUCGAGAUGCCCUGCCUCCUAUCAUCGAAGCUAUAUUUACCCUCAUUCCUCACUUGCUAGCCUCCCAUGUCUGCAUCCAAAACAGGCUUCUCGGACUGUAUUACACCAUGCUUCACAACUACUGCGAGGACCAAGACUUCCCUUCUCCUCCGCCUCCCAUGGAGAAUGUGGUGUCCGCUUGGUCUGCAUCGUUUCUGCCGGUGCAGAGAGAGAUGGAGUCCAUCAGCUGCAUAGCGCACGGCAAGAACUGGAGGCAACCUGCCAGGGUAGGCGAUGACGGACAAAGUCGAACGUCCUCCACAUCGUCAGUGUCUUCGCGCAAUGGCUUCUCUCGGACACCAUCCGGUAUGAAUGAAAGCGCAGUACCAUUGCCGAGGGUGAUGCGAAUACCUUCAGCCACCUCGGUCAACCGAUCCGCCUUCGCUUCAGAUGUCUCUCCGCAACCAAGUCCGCAAUCGGGCACUACCAACAUCUCCCGCUCGCAGCUUGGCCUCCCAACUGACUUCACAACCGCCACAGCUCUGGGACAUCCUCAAGGCACUUUCAGCGUAUCGCCGGUCUACACAAGCUCACGCACGGAGUACUUUGGACAUGAACCGGGUCCUCAAUCAAAUCGCAGCAAUACCUUGGCGAAGAAGAAGCCACCGCCCCCGCCACCAGCGAAGCGCUUCAAGGCUCCUGACGAGUACGUCGUAGCCCAGUACGACUUUUCAGGAGGGGAGGGAGACUUGAGCUUUCGUGAGGGAGACAGAAUCAAGAUUAUCAAGAAGACAGGGACAGAUCAGGACUGGUGGGUGGGCGAGCUGGGCGGCGUAAAGGGUAGUUUUCCUGCCAAUUAUUGCAAGGCCAUCUGA